GUCCUUUAAUUUAAAAAUAAAACCUCGUGACAACAUAUAGCCUCUGUGUGUGGAUUACAGUCAACGUCCACGGAGUAUGGGAUUUAACUACAGGUGGUGAUCGUUUUCUGUACAUGACUAAAACGUGGAUGAGAGUGAUUAGAGAGAAUCAAAUCUUCAAAUCUAAAGAUGCCUAAAGUUGAUAAACGCUCAGCUUUCUGCUGUGUUUUGAAACGGAUAACUGCACUGGCGUCACUGCAGAUUGUUGGGGGGCAGCUCAUGUCUACUACAAUGGCGAAAACAACUGCAUCAUCUGCUAACCCAGAGGAGAAGAUGGCACCACCCUCAGUCUCCCUUCUUGAAAAGAAAUCUCCAACAAAUGGUCACAGCUCUCCAGUCCGAACUGGCAAAACUACUUCAUCAAACAUUGAGAAGAAGCCACAAAUAAAUGGCCAUGCAUCUCCUUUACAUGUUCAAGUGAACAGCAGCAACAAAGCAGUCCUAGAGGGUUACAUGAAGACUGACGACAGGGUUCGUUUAGCCAAAGAAAGGCGUGAAGAAAGAGAGAGAAGUCUUGCGGCCCGAGAGCAGAUGAUUAAAGAGAAAGAGCGGCGUGCACAACUGCAAUAUGAGCGCACAUUGGAGGAGCGCUGCCGGCGUCUGGAGGAACAGAGGCUGAGGGAGGAGCAGCGCCGGGUUGCAGUGGAGGAGAAGAGGAGGCAGCAGCUCGAGGAGGAAAGGGAGAGACUGGAGGCACGGAUGAAGAGGUCUCUGGAGCGCAGUCGUCAGCUAGAGCAGAGGAGCCGACGAUGGGGCAGAGGAUACCCAGGCGCAGGUGACUGUGAGAAUGCCUCUCUCCCCUCCGCUGCCUCCGCCUUUCCCCUUGGCAUUGCCUCCCCUAUUCCUGCUGUCAGCGAAUCUGCGCCCUGUAGCCCGCACAGGUCCCCGUACCGCAUGGAUCACAGCAGAGUAGUUCUGCAAGGAGGCUCUCAGUCCACCCCAAACACCCCUAAGAAACAACGCUUGCAGAAAUAUAGAAAUGCUUCUCCAGGUUACUCUUCCCCUUUGAGAAGGUCUGAAUCUCCAGCUGCAGUCAAAAACAUAGCUUCUCCUACAUCUAAGGUUGUGUCACAGAUGCGUACUCAUUCACCCAACAACUUACAGCAAAACCAAAACUCUCCAGUCAGGCAAAAUGCAAAUAUCUCAAAGGGGGUUAAGAAAGCAGAAGAAGUGAAAGAAAAACACACCAAACUCUCUAAAAGUGAAAGUCCUCAGAAGAGUGUCCAAGCUGAAAGAAGCAGCACUGAUCCCAAAACUAAAGGUGUUCCUCCUCAGGGAAUUAAAGUGAACAUGACUGAAAAGUUCCACUCUCCUGAAAGAAGGAACAAAGGAGCUCAGCCAAAUGUCCAGGAAGCAGACAAAAACAAAGAUACCGUCUCGAGCGCAUUUUCUGGGAAGGUGGCUGCAGGAACAACCAAUGAGGAGGAGGCCACAAGGCUGUUAGCUGAACGUAGGCGCCUGGCUCGAGCUCUAAAAGAUCAGGAGGAAAAGAAGAGAGCACAGGAGCAGGAGGAGAAGAAGAGAGCACAGGAACAGGAGGAGAAGAAGAGAGCACAGGAACAGGAGAAGAAUAGAGCACAGGAACAGGAGGAGAAGAAGAGAGCACAGGAAGAGCAAGAAAGACUGAAAAAGGAACCAGUGAAGAAGCCAAUCCCUCAACAGCAGGAAGCAAAAGUUGAGGUGCAAAAAGAGGAGAUUAAAAAAGUAGAAAAUCUGAAAAAUGAAAGUGUGAAUCAGACAAAUGGGGAAAAUGAGCAACUGAUACAAAAUGGGAAAGAGGAAAAGGCCAAAAUGCUGACACCUGAAGAGGCUAGACGGCAACAACAAGAGCGAGAUCUUCAGAAGCAACAGGAAGAGGAGGAGAGACAGCUCCGCAAAAAGAGGAUUGAAGAAAUAAUGAAGCGAACACGAAAAGGGGAAGGGGACUUGAAGGUGGAGGAGAGUGCCUGGGCAGACACAGGGGAAAUACCAGUCAGUGUUGAUGGCAAAGAGAUGGCGCAAACAGACCAAAAAGUUGAGGUGCAAACUAAAAGUGAAAACAAAACAGUUGUUAACAUUUCAGUGAAGCAAGAAGCACUGAACACUGAUCCAAAGGAAAACCCCAAAAGAGAGACUAUCCAAAAAGUGGAUAUUCAAAAGCCAGAAGAGACCCAGAAAUCCAAUGACAACAAGAACUGUACCCCGAAGAACGACGUGGAUCAAUGCAAGCAGAGCAAUGCAAACAUUAAAAUGGCAAACCAAAUAAACAAGGCAGUUAAAAGGGAAAGCACUGGGGAGUUGGUGAAGAGAGUGGUGAAAAGUGAGACUAAUUAUGUGACCACAGAGGUUAGCAGACAGCAAAGUCUUCAUGUGUCAAAGGCUGAUGUCACCGGGGUGACCCAGAAUCAAGUAACUAAACCGUCAGUGACCCCCCUUCCUUUGGGACAGCUCACUCCCCCAGUCAUCAAACUCGCACCUCUGGAUGUAUCCGCUGCAAGUUCUGGAGAUGAGGUGCAAUCAAUGGAAGUCAGCCCAGUGUCAAAGGAAGAACUCAUCUCAAUCCCAGAGUUUUCUCCAGUAAUUGAUGGUCCAAACAGCGGCUUGAGUAACAGCAAGGCCCUUGAAGACUUGAUGGAUCUAACAGGAAGUGUGAACCCACGUCUCUCCCCUCAGAACCAUAUUGGGGACUGUAACCAAAAUCUUAUCCAAGGCGUGGUCAGCCCAAUAUCAGAUUCAAAACUGAUCAGGAAGUCACCUCCAUCCCCAAAUAAACUCACUGUUAAAUAACUGACAUGCUUGCGUUCCCACUAUGUGCAAGCGAUUCACCUAUAAACAUUUGGACUCUUUGCUGCUUUCUUCUUAGGAGUUGAGCCAUACUGGUUGGUGUUGAAAUAUCAACUGUAUCUUUAAGAAAAGAAUAUCUUAACACUUAACUAAAAACAUUAGUUCAAACAUUAAAAAUAGUCAGGGAAAGGACAGACUAUAUAUCCCCUUUUUAGGAACACUUAGAAUUGCCCUAAAAUGCUUUCAAUACAAAGAGUGAAAUAUGCCUGGCUGUGUUAUUCACACAGCUUUAUUAUAAAAGCACUUAAGAAGUCAUAGUUGCCUUUCAACCAAAUGUAUGUGCAUGUAUUAAUAAAAUGCUGUAUAGUAUUCGUGAUAAAUGUGCAUGCGAGACUCCAGCUUGGAUGAAAGACGUUGUGGGAGUAAUGGUGGAAGUUGUUGGUUUUAUUUUAAAUCAGUGGACAUAAUCUCAUGGCACAGUAAAUGCUGAGCAACAACAAAUACUGGUGUAACUAACAUGAUAAACAGCUUUUUUAUUUAUUUGAAUAAGUGUGUUUCAGACAAGCAGGAACAAUACAUCUUGUGUAUAGCCUAUUUGAUGCUCAUCUAACUGGACUGUAUGAAAAGAGUGGAGAUUCUAAAGAGUGUAGUGGUGUAGCCAUGUUUAUGUUUGGUUUAGGUCACCCAGGACCCUCAGAACCCUCAGUAUGUCAUGACAGCCUUUUGUGCAUGUUCACUACAAUCACAAUUACCUGAAUGAAUAAAAUGUACAAUUAUAUAGUUUUGUUUGGCUUUUUUUAACAGUUGUCUUAUAAGCUUUGGUGCAUUUAUUAUACUGUAGUAAGGACUCGAUCACACACA